UACUUGUCACUGUCAUUUUUCCCCAUGAUAUACAGCGUACCAUUCAAUGCUGUGUGAUUUAUUCUGAGUCUAGCUAUCAUGAUUUCCUCCAUUCUGUUUCAUUAGUAUUAUAUCUCAACCCCUCCUUUCUAUUUAUUAGAAAGGGUAAGAGUUGUUGGAAUAAUUGUGAAAGGAAGUCCUGCGGGUCACCACAGCGCAGUGAGGGCAACUCUGACGCUCAUGAAGCUACUCUGCGCCAUUUUGACUACUGGCAGCUGAGCCGGCUAGCUGGGCAUUGGGCAAGAGGCCAACUGCUGUUCAACUUUCAAGGAUGUUUAGGGCCCGCUGGGUCCUGACUUGGUCUUGUCCCAUAAGGCCAUUGCUGCUAUUACGAGAAUCUCCCUUCUCUGCUUUGUCUAAACACACUGCUUCUCGAUGGCAGGGUGCAAGAGAUGUAAAGAAAAGGAGAUAUGAAGCGACCCGAGGAAGAAAGGAGGGGUCAUCACUAAACACAGAGACUGUAUCAUGUUUAACACAGCUGCCUUUAUGUAAUGUAGACUGUAAUAAUCAGAAUCCGAAAGAUGCUUCAUUUCAAAACCUCCUAUCCAAAGCCAGUUUGUCCAGCAAUCAUCACCUCCCUCAGGUUUCUGGCUCUGCAAAAGCUAAACACGCAUAUCCCUCUUUGAAAUCUACUGUAGUGAAAGCUGUGAGCACUUACCAGAACUGUUUUAUCAACAAAAUGUUUCUUCAACCCUGGAGAAGGGCUUGGGAUGUGAGCCAACCUUCACUCAGUUUCACCUAUAAGACUCAGUGUAACCCUCUUCAAAGCCAUUUAUAUAGCAGACAGCACUUUGUUAGAUCGUUCAGCUUGUCGACACAUAGGCCAUGGAUUUUUAACCAAUUAAAGAGCAGACAACAACCUUCUAGCCUCUCUUCCCACAAAACCAGAGGCUUCCAUCAGGCUGCCCCUCAGGUGGCCGACACCUGGAGAGAUUGUCUGUCGCAUGAGAAUGAAAACAGGUGUCGACAGAGACUGGGGUCCAAUGUGAAGCUGUACGAAGUGGAUAAGGGGAAACAGCGGGCAAGCCAGGGAAAGAACCAGGGGAGAUGGGCCUCAGUCCUAGUUUCUCUGUGCUCUGAUCAUGGGGAGCCUGCAUUUCUCUUUACUCUGCGCUCCAGCACACUGAAGGGCAGGCACAAGGGAGAUGUCAGUUUUGCAGGAGGAAAGAGUGAUCCAUCAGAUGUGGAUGUGGUGGACACAGCGUUGAGGGAAGCCAGGGAGGAGCUUGGUGUUUCUGUGGCAACAGAGAAGGUCUGGGGCAUCCUGAAGCCUCUCAGGGACAUGUCAGGCAUGAUGAUAGCUCCUGUGCUUGCUAACCUCGGGCCCCUAGAGGAGAUGUCCUUCAAACCGAACCCUGGAGAGGUGGAGGAGAUUUUCACCGUGUCCUUGUCCCACUUGUGUAACCCUCAGAACCGUGGCUACACACACUUCCGCACCGGCAACAAGUACGGAUACACCGUCCCAGUGUUUCGUAACGGGAAGCAUCGAGUGUGGGGUCUGACAGCCAUCGCCCUAGACCAUACCCUCAAACUUAUCAUCCCUUCUUAGCAGCAACUUCUUUACACUUGACAGUACACCCCUAAUGUGACUUAAAGAUUUCAUAAUAAUGUGCAAUCCAGCGCUGGAAUCGGUUAAUGAUUUCAUUUAUGAAGGUGAGGUCCUCUCCAGUAAGGAGAAGGAUUUUUCCAUUUGUGCACUUUCUUUCUCAUUGAUAAAGAGCUGGAGUUGGAAAUCUGUCAAUUUGCAGACAUACGAAGUAACAACAUUGAAAUCUAUCCUUAUACUUUAUUAUACCUCAUUGUUGGACUGCUUUCAUUUUUAAAUCCGUGCACAUCCUUUUUAAUUCAGCUUGAAAUCUUAUGUUACCAAAUAAAAGUAUUUAAAGGAGAGGUGUCAUGGCCAUUUCCACUGAUCAUAAUUCCAUUGUUGAGGUCUACUAAAACAAUGACGUAUCUCCAACGAGGCGUUUUGGGGAGGUAUUUUCUGUGUUAGAGUUUUACUCGCUAUAGGGUGUACUUUGAGGGUUUUGACUCUGCACACCGUUCACAUGCAUAAAAACCUUCAUAACACACAAGGGGACGGGUAAUAACCGGAAAAGCAUGACACCUCUCCUUUAAACAAGUUAAAUCACUGAGUCCGAGAUAACGUUUUCCUUAUGCAUUUCAAAUGAGGCUAGUUGGUAUUACAUCUUAUCAUGUGGGCUCAGUUAUAACAGUGAUUCAGCUCAUGCACAUUUAGUUUAGCUUUUUAUGAUUCUAGACUGUUAUAAAUACUGAAAUAAUAUAAGCACAUCAUGUGGCGUGUUGAUGAACAAUGUAAGGUAUUCUGGUGGUGGGAGAUUGAACACUUUCUUUGCAGAAACAUGAAACUAAUUUAUUAUAACUUUAAAGCUACUUUGCCACCAUGUUCUGCAUACACCACCAUUUUUAUAGGACGCAUUGUGUAAUGAGGGUCUCAGUCAUGCCAGAAGUCAAACUGCUUUCAUUACAACUCUUGAAACAGCUUAUCCAUACUUAAGCCACUGAGGGAUGGGAACGGGAGAACUAAGUUCGGACGCGUGUUCCAGACGAUAAAACAAUGUCCAUACGAGUGUA